UCAAAGCAUCUAUAACAUUAAUGCCCAGUUAUAUCAUAUGGAAAUAAGCUCCCCUUGUCGCGCUGUACGACUUGUAAUUGAAGCUCUGGGUCUUGAAAUUAAUUAUAAAUCUGUUAAUUUAAUCAAUGGUGAUCAUCUUACUGAUGAAUAUCGUGAGCUUAACCCUCAACAAACUAUUCCGCUAUUGAUUGAUGAUAAUUAUAAAUUAAGUGAAAGUCGUGCCAUUAUGGCUUAUCUGGUUGAUCAGUACGGGGGUGAAGAAAAUCAACGGUUGUAUCCAACAAACUCGAAAACUCGUGCAUUGAUUAAUGCACGGCUGCAAUUUGAUGGAGGAGUUUUAUAUCCAUCUGUUAAAAAUUGCUAUUACGGGAUGCUGUUCAGAGGACAAGACGAUAUUGAAGAAGUGAAAGAAAAUAAAUUAAAGGAAGCAUUUAAAGUUGUUGAUAAUUUUCUGGAGGGCCAUGAUUAUCUCGCUGGACGAAGUUUAACGAUCGCCGAUUUAGCGAUUAUUGCAACUGUUACAACAGCUGAAACAGUUGGCUUCAACCUCGAUGACUAUAAGAACGUUACCGAGUGGGUGGACCGGGUGAAAACUUGUGCUCCGGGAUACAGAGUUGCUAAUGGUGAAAGCGUUGAGCUUCUAAAAAACUAUAUGCCUCAUCCUACUCCUCAAGAUAACAAUAAUUCCGACGAUAAUGACAAUAAUGAUUAA